AUGUCAACUCAAUUAUCAGCAUCCAAUAUUUUCCCUGAAGAUUAUAGAGGAAGAUUAACUGAAGGGAUCACAUAUGACUAUCGUAACAACACUUUACUUUGGGUUGAUAUCAUCCUUGGUGAAGUCCACCGAAUCUCACUCGACGAUUUGAACAAACACGAAGUUCUCAAAUGGAAUGAGCAAGGUGAAUCGAUUGGCUUUGUUGCGUUGACCAAGGAUCUAGACACGGUGCUUGUAUGUGGCAAAUCUGGUCUUGCCUAUGGAAAGUUUAAAGCCAACACAUUGGAGUAUUUCUUUAAAUAUCCCCUCACAGAAGUAGAGCAAAAGAGAUUACGAUCGAAUGAUGGAAUAAUUGACCCAUGGGGUAAUUUGUGGAUUGGACUUAUGAAUGAUUUCCACGUAACUGCAAAGGAAGGAGAAGUAAAGCCAGAAGGUAAGUUAUUGAGAAUCACGCCGGAUUUGAAGGUUGAUGUUAUGAUUGAGAAUACCAAGAUCUCCAAUGGCUUGGCUUUUUGUUCAAAAGGUACCAAGUUGUAUUGGACUGAUUCGUUAAAUUAUACGAUUUGGAAGUUUGAUUAUGACCAUGAAACUAAUACAUUGAGCAACAAAGUUCCAUUUUUGGAAACGAAAAAAGUGUAUACCGACGUUGAGAGUCCAGAGCCCGAUGGAAUGGUAAGGACUACCAAUGGUGAAGUUUAUACAGCGGUGUUCAGUACAUCGACUGUUUUACACGUGGAUAAAGAAGGUCAAGUUAUUGAAAAGAUUCAUGUUCCCGCCGAAAGGUGUACUUGUGUCACAAUUGGUGGGCAAGAUGGCGAUCACUUGUUUAUCAAUACGGCGAAUUUGAAAUUGGAUGACUUUGAUGCCAAAAUUGACCCUACUGACUUUUUUGGUGAUUUGGGUGGAUUCUUGUUUAAAUACAAGUCUGACCAUAAUCUUAAAGGUAUCAAAAAGAAUUUCUGGGGCGGUGAUGUUUAA